AUGUCGUCUGCUUCCCAGCCCGACUUGUCGACUCCAACCACACCCGCCACCUCGACCUCAUCAUCAGGUACCGACCCUCCACACCUCAACUCCAACGACAAGAAGAGCUCCAGCAGUACCUCCUUACACCAAUCCGCGGCCUCCUACUUCACCUACCCAGUUACUCACGUCGUCUCUGGGCUUUACCGCCGACUGACCGAUCCCCCAACAACAAACUCCGCCAACUCUACCAGUAACAACAUGAUGUCCCGUCUGCGCCGCCAAAACCCCAAUCCCAAUCCGAACCCUUCCUCCUCGUCCUCCUCGAUCUCGUCGUCCUCUCAGCACCCGGUCUUCACGCCAGUCCGCACAGUUUCGCCCUUCCAACCGCCCCCACUAACACCUCUCACCCUCCUUGCGAACGAAGAAACCACACCAAUCCCGCUCGCGCCGCAGAACCAGCUUCUCUCCCGUGCCCUUGCAGAGGAAAUCCGUCUUCUCGUCCCGCCGCGCCUCCAAUUGGUCAAUUCCUGGCGUUUAGCAUAUAGUCUGGAUCGCGACGGCGCGUCGCUAUCAACGCUCUACGAGAAUUGCCGCUCGGUGUCAGCGCGCAGUCCAAGGGCUGGCUAUGUCCUCGUUGUUCGUGACGCUUCACCGUCCGCAUCGACAAUAUUCGGUGCUUACAUGACGGACCCCCCACAUCCAGACUCCCAUUACUUCGGCACAGGGGAGUGCUUCCUGUGGCGGGCGAGCGUUCUCCGCCCGCCUCCUGCCUCGCUCAGUAUGGCCGACGGCGAUGGAGGCGUAUACUCCGAGGAAGCUUUGGAACGGGCAGGACUCCCACCGCCACCGAGCGCGGAUACAACGAACGUUGGUAGGUCCACAACACUGCGGGGUGAGAAGGCACAGCCGAAAUCGCUUGCACCGCAUACACAUGGGCUUGCUCAAGGAGGGGCUACUAAUAGCGGAACUACAACCCCCGACCGAAUCCGCUUCAAAGCAUUUCCUUAUAGUGGGGUGAAUGAUUACAUGAUGUUUUGCGAGACGGGGUUUCUCAGCUUAGGUGGAGGCUCAACUGUUCUUGGGUUUACGUCCGCUCAUCACCGCUUUGGUUACUUAAUAUCCAAUGCUCUUGGACGAUAUGGUGAGAUGGAGGCGAAUAUCUCAAAAGAUGACAUGCUGCCACGCGGCAUUCACUACUAG